AUGGUUUUGCGUUUUGGAUUGGUGUUUGUUUUCCUAUAUCUGGUAACAGUGGCCUUGAACCCGUCGCCAAUCAGCGCUUUCCCGAAACGUGUCGGUACAUUCUGGACCACGGUUCGAAAUGCGUCCAACGCUACUUCUGUCGCGUCGGAAAUGCGUCCAACGUUGGUCGUGGAUAGGUCUCCAAGCAGCAAGGUGGCUGGUGGUACGAAUGCCAGUAAAGGGCAAUUCUCUUACCUAGUAGCCAUCGUACUCAACUUCGGUGGUGGUUCCGAAGCGCUAUGCGGUGGUUCUAUCAUCUCAGAAAGCUUUAUUCUUACUGCCGCUCACUGUCUUUACGGCAUGGAGGAGGCAACGAUCGUGGUCGGCCAAAACUCAAAGAUUACCCUUCCGAUCGGUGACCACAACCCAACCAACGCAAUAAUCAUCACCAUCGGGCCACCAAAUGUUAUUCUGCAUCCCGGGUACGAUCCCGUCGACAUUCUGAACGAUAUCGCGCUCAUUCUUCUACCAGUCGUACUGCCGCUCCGCACGUCUUCAGCCAUCCAAACGAUUCGAUUGCCAUCGUGGAAUAACGCGUACACGGAUCUUACCGGCUAUGACUCGAUUGUGUCCGGCUGGGGAGCUCAGUCGAAUGAAGAAUUCGUCGACCCAACUGAUGAAGCAUCACAAAUCAUACUCCGCUACGCCACCAGUGCGAUUGUUCCGAACGAAAUAUGCCGUAGGGUGUACGGAUCACUCGUGCGCGACCAACAAAUAUGUGUGUCGGGCGAAGGUGGCCGCAACCCAUGCCAGGGUGACUCCGGUGGACCGCUAACUGUUAAAUUUGGCAGGCAGGGCAUCACGCAGGUCGGCAUUGUUUCAUACGGUUCUGUUAAAGGUUGUGAAAAGGGGGUCCCAGGCGUGUACACAAGAGUGUCUUCGUACAUCGAGUGGAUCGUUCAUCAUGCCGGAAUUGCUGUGAAUUGA